AUGCCCAUGCACCAAGGUUUUCUCCCCCGCGAGGGCCUCUACAGCGUCCCGCUUUUCAAGCUGUUUGCUAGGACAGCCCUCAACCCGUCUCUGGUGCUUCCGCUGCUGCUGCUUGCGCGGUACACCAAGCGCGGUAGCGACCUGUCUAUUCUCCACCCGAAAGCAUAUGGAGGCAUCAAGAAACUCUUCUACUGGGGACUCAUCAGAACCAUUGUCAAUUAUUUGUCUGAAAAGACCCGAAAUAACUGGGUCAAGGACCGAUAUGACUGGUCGCGUGAGAUUGUUCUCAUCACCGGCGGUGCCGCUGGCAUCGGCGCGCAGAUGGUCAAGCUCUUUGAUGAGUUGGCAAUCAAGGUGGUUGUCCUCGACGUCCAGCCGAUGACCUUCGCUACAUCCUCGCGAGUGCACCACUAUAAAUGCGAUCUUCGCUCCCCAGCAAGUGUGCAGGACGUUGCGGAGAGAAUUCGCAUCGAGGUUGGGCAUCCCACGGUCCUGAUUAACAACGCUGGCGUUGUGAGAGGCAAGACCAUUCUCGAAUCGGAGCCUAGCGACGUUCGCUUCACGUUUGAUGUGAACACACUGUGCCACUACUGGCUGACCAAGGCAUUCCUGCCUAGCAUGGUUGAGCGCAACCAUGGUAUGGUCGUGACAGUUGCUUCGGCAGCAUCGUGGGUCACCGCACCCGCCCUUGUCGACUACGCGGCGUCCAAGGCCGCGGCGAUGGCUUUUCACGAAGGCCUUUCGGCAGAGCUCGUCACUCGAUACAAUGCGCCCAAGGUCCGCACCGUCGCCGUGCACCCAGGCCACGUCAAGACACCCCUCUUCCAAGGGUUUGACCAGGGCGCCGACUUUUUGAUGCCAAGUCUGGAAGUCGACACGGUGGCCGAAGGCAUCGUCAAGCAAGUGCUCACCGGCCGCAGUGGCAACGUCAUUCUGCCAGAGACUGCUGGCUUAGCUGCGCUGAUGCGCGUCAUGCCGGACUGGAUGUCAUAUAAGAGACGCAUUGAGGGAGACAAGUACAUGGCCAAAUGGAAUGGCCGCCAGGUGAUCAAGGACGUGGACGCUUCGUUUGAAAAGGAGAAGGCUGGUGGUGAUGGGGGUGAGAGCACGGUGCUCGUCGCGCGAGACUAG